UUGCGAGGGAGACGUACAAUUGCCAACAACGAAAGAGGCGGGAUCUCCGACAGCAGCUCAUCUCUUCACAGAGCCGAACGUGGUGUGGAACGUUUCUUUCUCCCCGUCUCGCCCUCUUGUAGCAGGCCUACCCCUGGCUGGAACAUUUUCACACCCACAGCAACACGAAGAAGAAGAAAAGAAAGAGAAAAGAAGAGGAGGACGGAGAGAAAGUUUUUCGGAGGCAAGCGGGGGUAGAAGCGGGCCUGGCAAGGCGGACAGUUCUCCUCGAAACAUGGAAUAGUGUUCCAGCAGCUGGCCGAAGCACAACACACACACAUGACUUGCGCUGCUGCGAGUCAUCUUCUUCUUGCCCGUUUUCGUACCUCUUUUGAAACUGGAGAAACAAGACCAUCGUCAGCAGGAUGUCUUAUCGCGGCUACAGUUCACCGUAUUACGGCAGCUACUACUCUUCCUACAAGAACAAAGCGCCGGUCACACCUACAAGGAGUGCAACAGCAACCGGCGGCAAUUCGUUCCGGUCAACGUUCUCACCACUUUCGACGACUUCCAGCGCCACUGCGAGUAGCAGCCGCUACGGAAGCGCUGGAACAAACAGAAGUUCUGCCUACUCUGGCAGCGAAGAGCCAUCGACGGCCAGGAGUCGACAGAGAGAGGCGUCCGAAUCGCCGGCCUCGGCCAAAGUCUCGUACCAACCGGGCGUUCAGGCCAGCAAAAUCCCGCCGAGUUACAGUUCGCAAACGAGCCAACGAGACUCGAGCAAUUUGAAUAGCUCAUUAGGAUCGGGAAUUUCGCGAAGUGAUGCCAAUAAAUCCAUGUACGGAACGACGGCCAGCAGCCGGACAGCAACGGAUGUAGGAAGAUCAGCGGUGGAUCGAAAUGCGAGUCAAACGGGCUCGAAUGGAAAUGCCGGACAAGGUGGAAGCAGUGGCUCUAGUAAUUCGUAUUCGCUCGGGCGUAGCUCGAAUUAUGGCAACCCGUAUAAAUUGACGGGCAGCAAUGCAUCGGCCAGCAACAAUGGAAGUCAUUACGGUAAUGGUUGGGCGGAACGCAGUUCAUCCGGUCGAAACAGUCAGGACAUUUUAGCCAACGCUGGCAAAUCCGGAGCCAGGAACGGUAAUACAACGUCGACAACGCCAUCUGCCGUGAGCGAGAGCAACUUGUUGUCACCUUACGCGGCUAGCGGAGCCUACCGCCGCAGCAAAAGUCGGGAGAAAGAGGCGGAAGCUCCCAAAACGGAAGCAUCCAGCAAAAACGAAUCAUCGUCGGUGACUCUUCCGCGUUCCUUCCGGGCCUAUAAUCAGCGAGGCAACACGAGCACGACCUUCCAAUCACCGUCUACCUACACGCCCAGAGUUCCGGCAAGUUACGGCCGUUCCACGCACACAACGUCGCGCGAUUUGAGCUACGCUUCCGCAACGAAACCGGCAAUCCAGCAACCGACGGAGAGGUUGUCCUCGUACAGGAACAUGUUUGGCAACAGCGAACCGGCCACCAAGACGCUUCCGGCUGCACCCAUGGCGGAGUCGAAAUCUAUUCCAACGCAAACAGCCGAAGAGGCGGUUAAAUCCGCAUCGGAAGAAUCGGAAGAAUCGAGCGAUUCCAGCGAGGAAGAAGAGGCCGAAUGCAAAGAAGCGGAUGUGAACUACGUUGUCAGUCGUGGAACGUCUCCUAUUCCUUCCAGUGAAUCCGUCCCAUCGUCCAGGACGACUUCGGUUCCUAUUUCCGGAUCCAUCCGCAGCCCCAAAAUCCUUCACAGUCGUCUGCCCACUGUCGCCGCUAGAGAAGUGCAAACGGAAGAAACGGAAUCGAGCCGUCCCAGACGUUUCGUAGGCUACGCGGGAUCUCCCUCCGCUUACGGAUCGGCCGCAUCGUCGUCAAGACCCAGCUCCUACACCGACCGCUAUUUCAGCAAGUACGUGACGCCCUCCAGAUACGCUUCCGGAACGAGUCCGCCAGCCGGAGAGAAAACUAAAUCUCCGCCGACGAGCGGGACGCUUCACAAACCUCCGAUUCCGGUGCCCGUCGUGGGUAGCAAAGAGUACCGCAAAUCGGCGUUGAAUGUCGACCUGGACGAUCAGCAGGUGUCGGAAUUCCGCAAACGACAGGAAGACUUCCGCGAGGCUCAACGCAAAGCCAAGCGGCAAGCUAGAAAAAGCUCUUCCGGCGGAAGCAAAUCGUCCAGCGCUAGUCCGGGUCCGCCUGAGCGCCGAAACGCGUCGCUGACGCCAGCGUCAUCUAGGAGGAAUUCGAUCAACUCGGAGAAGGGAAGCUCUUCGUUGAGCCGCAGUUCGAGUUCCAAGAUCCAACCGCAAGCGAAGCAGCAGCCGUCCGUCAUCCGCAGCCAAUCGAGGCGAAAGAUGACGCCCAGCUCCAAGAAUUCGAGGUCUUCCAGCUGUUCUUCCAGCUCGUCUUCGGAAGAAGAGGCCGCCGCCGAAGAGGCGCAAGUCAGGAUCAAAUCGCAGAGCCCCAGCACGGCGUCGAGCACCGUUCAAUCCCCUCGAAAGAGCAGCGCUUCUUCUGAAUCCAUCAGCCGGAUCAAACUGUCUCGCACGUCAGCCGAGAGGAGCUUAACACCAGCCUCGCCUACCAGGAGAUCCCCUUUACUUCCGACCUCCUCGUCAGCUUCUUCCGCCGUGUCUUCGAAGAGCGCCUCGAAAUCUCGAUCACCGUCCGUCAACGCAUCAUUGCCGCCUGCCCAUUCGGAUUCUCCACAACUGGCCAUCCAACCGGCUGACGAGUCGUCGCGCAGCCAAUCGAGAUCAUCGUCGGUCAACUGGUCCAAACUACUGAAAAUGACCCGCGGGCCGGACGAGCGGAGCAGCACUUCGCCGGAAUCUUUGGCGUCCAAGUCUUCGGCCAGCUCUUCGCAAGGCCACAGGAAGCUAGCCUCGCGUUCGCCUUCGUACAACAAGAUGAUGCUCCGUUCACCGGAAGAUGGAACGAAUGGUGGGGUGGGUCGUUCUGUGACUCGAUCGCCGUCGGCCAAUGCUGGACGAGUGCCAAGCAGGGCCGCUUCGGCUGCAUCUCUUUCCUUACCGCCUUCCAGUUUGCCUCCGUCCAACCGGUCGGGACGCACUACGGCGUCGUCGUCGCGCAGUCACAUUCCAUCGCGCAACGCUUCCGCCCGGAGCAUAGCGCGUAGCUGCAGCACAUCGACCGAUUCGUCGUCGUCGACCGAGUCGGACCGGCGUCCGCAGCACAGCCGCUCCGUUUCGCGCAUUAAAGAUUCGGCCAGUUCGUCCAAACGGAACAGCAUAGAGCCAUCUAGCGGCGUUUUAGCUGAAUCCUCUUCGUUUGCGUCGAAGCUGGCCUCGUCUUUCGGCUGGUUGCGUAAGCAGAACAGCGAAAUCAUCCCGUGGUGGCUGCCCAGCACCGAAAACAUCCCCGCCAAGGAGCUGGAAGAAGAAGAUGCUGGAGUUGAUCAACAGAUGACGUUGGCGAAAGAGGAAGAAUCCAGCACUUCGUCGGCGGACGAGACGCAGAGCUCCUCGUCCACCGACGAGGAAACGGAGAGCACGGAAAAUAAACGCGACGACACGGAUGUCGAACUCGAUGACCUUCCGGCGGAUUUAGGGAUAGCCAAACCGCCAGAGGAUGUGACGAUCGGAGGGCUGGCCGAUCGAGAAUCAUCACCGCCUCCGGCCAAGGAAUCAGACAGCUGCAGCCGAUCCGAUGUGAAUCCUGAAGAAUUGGGAGAUCGUUAUUCCCCUGACGGUUUCGAAUGGCCGGAAUGUCCAGCUACCCCACCCAUCACUCGCAGUUAUCCUUUCUACCGUAGGCCGCCUUCGCCGUACGACAAUGUCAAACCGGACGUGCCGGUAAUGUCCCCGAGCCUUCAGCCAUCGCUGAGCGGUUGUUCCAUGAACACGGCGUGGGGUAUGGACGCUUUGCGCGCUUUAGAAUCCUUGGAAACGAUUAACAUCCAGCCGCAAAAGUCCAAGUCUCCAAUUAGCGACCUCAGCAAGAGCGAGCAGGUCAUAAAAACGGAAGAGACUGAAGACGACGACGAAGAGGACGAAGAAGAGGAAGAAGAGGAAGAAGAGGAAGAAGAGGAAGAAGAGGAGCAAGAAGAUGAAGAAGAAGUUAAAAAAGAAAUAGAAAUUAAAGCUGAGGAAGAAGAGGAAGAGGAGGAAGAGGAGGAAGAGGAAGAAGAGGAAGAAAGCGAUGAUAGCAGCCAAGAGGAAAACGAAGCGCCAUUGUCUGCCGUUUCAGUCGACCAAGUGGAACCGGAGUGCCCAGCCAAAGAGCAGGAAGAGGCAGAUUCGGACAGUGUCGACGACAGCGCAUCGGCGGCUAUUCCCUCAACAACGGUGGAUCAACCAGAGCUGGGAGACGCCACGUUCCAGGUGUACAAGGAUGGCGACUACGGGAGUUACCUCGACGUGGAAGCCACACUUAACGAGCAAUCUGAAGAGCUGGAAGGAUUCCUGGAAAACCGCAAGAAUUCGAUCGUACUGAGGACGCAGCUGUCUGUCAGAGUAAACGGAAUCAUGGAUAAAUUACUUCACUCGGAAGGACGGGAGUUACGACGAGCCCUUUUCUCGUUGAAGCAAAUCUUCCAGGAAGACAAAGACUUGGUACACGAAUUCGUUCAAAACGAUGGCCUGGCCUGUCUCAUCCGAGUGGGUCACAGCGCCGACCAGAACUUCCAGAACUACAUCCUCCGCGCUCUGGGUCAAGUGAUGCUCUAUGUCGACGGAAUGAACGGCGUCAUGGAGCACAACCCAACGGUCCAAUGGCUCUACUCGCUGAUUGCGAGUAAAUACCGUUUGGUGGCCAAAACAGCGCUGAAAUUGCUCCUCGUAUUCGUCGAAUACGUCGAAAGCAAUUGCCAGCUGCUGGUCAAAGCUGUCGAAGCGGUGGAUUCCAGCCAAGAUUCCAAGCCGUGGGCCAGUCUGAUGCGUUUACUGCAAGAACGAGACUCGUCCGACUCUGAAUUGCUUGCCUACGCUGUCACACUUAUCAACAAAACGCUACACGGCCUGCCAGAUCAGGAUUCCUACUACGAUCAGAUUGAAUAUCUGGAAGGUCUUGGAAUGCAGCAGAUUGUCAGCAGGUUUGUCUCGAAACCCGACGCAGACGCGGAUUUGAUUCAGCAACUGGAAAUUUACGAGCUACAAUUGAAGCAAGAAGAUGAAGAGCCUUUUGUCGGUUCAGACUAUUCAAAUCAAAACAGACGUGUUCCACGUAAUUGGUGUUCUAAUCGCAGAUCUCCGCGCCAUCCGUCUCAUCAGACUCAACAAGGGAACAAGAGGUUGAACUCAUUCCAAUUGCUGCAGACGGUCACUGGCGAUGGCAAAGGCCAAGAAGAGGACGAAUUGUUUGGUGGCGAAGAACCCAACACUAUCGUGAGGAAGCUUACGGCAUCCCAGUCUAAAAAACAUUUAGCUCUGCUGGCCAACGAGUUGGCCGACAAAUCGUUCAAUCAGUGGAGUUCUUCCUCUUCAGAGUCUUCGUGCUCUAUGGAAGAUGUCAAACAGCACAUGAUGAACGGCUCACAGUCUCAUAUUGAUUUGAAAGGCGUUAAUGAUGUGGGCGUCACUCCGGCGCUACGUCGCAGAAGAGAACGAGCCGAACGUCAGCGAUCGUUAAUUCGCGAGCAGGAAGACGCCAGCCGAAUGUCGCCUUCGCAAAUGGACGAACCCUUUGAUGAUUGCAGUAGCUCUUUUACUAUACCAAAGGUGAUUACCGUUGCUGACGUUGCUGAUGAGAAUCGUCGUAAUGUCGACCUGACUCUAAACAUGCCGCCCAUCAGCGAGCGAAUCUCGAACUUGCAAAAAGAAAAAGAUAAGGACAGUAUCGAUCGUAACCUUUUGGAUAUAUCUCGUGAAGCCUCGGUUAAAGACCUCACCGAACGUUUACAGGCCAAUCACAUUUCAGCCAAUCCCACGUCGCCUACCGAGGAGAAAUGCAAUCGAUUAGGCGAUUUGAGUGGCAUUAUUUCUAAAGCUAAAGAAGAACUGACCAAAUCGAAAUCACGACACGAUUUGCGUAACUUGAGCGAACAAAAUGCCGCGCUUUCACCGACUGGCAAAGCUGAAUCGAAGAAAUCUGAAAACGAAUUACACUGGGAGAGUCUGCUAGAGACGUUGGAUCGACCGCUGCAAAUUUGCGAUCUAGAUUUCACCGAUUUACAGCAAGAAGAGGAUAGUGAUCCGUUGAAUCCGUCUGUACGGACUAGCGCGUUUGGGCCUCCGCCUCCUCCUCCACCGCCUAACGGUGUCCCUCCGCCCCCAAUGGCGGGAUUACCGCCACCUCCGCCACCGUCGAAAGCUGCCCUACCUCCAACGAUAUACUUUGGUGUCCACCUUCAUCACAACGGAGGUGAAACGGCUUCAAACACCGUAGUAAAACAUAAGAAAACUGUCAAACUUUUCUGGCGGGAGAUUCGCGAGGAUCAGCUCAGUUUGAUUAAAGGGCCAACUUUGUGGGAUGAACUUCAUCCGGUUGCAAUAGACACGAAAAAUUUGGAACAUCUUUUCGAAUCACGCUCGAAAGAUUUGUUAACUAAGAAACAACAAGAAUCCACAAAGAAUAAGGAGCUGAUCGUAUUGGAUCCCAAACGUUCUAAUUCUAUUAACAUUGGCAUGACUAAAUUACCACCGCCGAGAACCAUCAAAACGGCAAUCCUCAAAAUGGAUUCGACUAUAAUCAAUCGCGAAGGAAUAGAGAAAUUAUUGACGAUGUUGCCGACUGAUGAGGAACGUGCUAAAAUCCAAGAGGCACAAUUGGCUAGCCCGGAGUUGCCACUUGGAAGUGCGGAACAGUUUCUCCUUUCUCUAGCCUCCAUCACAGAGUUGGCUGCCAGAUUGAAAUUAUGGCUUUUCAAGUCUGAUUAUGAAAAUAUGGAGAAGGAACUUGCCGAGCCUCUAAUGGAUUUGAAACAAGGCAUUGAAAUAUUGCAAUCCAAUGUGACUUUCAGAGCCAUUCUGGCAACUUUGCUUGCUGUAGGCAAUUUUCUCAAUGGGGCCGAAAUUAAAGGUUUUCAAGUCGACUAUUUGGCCAAAGUGCCAGAAGUGAAAGACACAGUGCACAAGCACUCGCUGCUGCAUCAUCUGUGUCAUAUGGUGAUGGAGCAAAACCUAGAAACGACGGAUCUAUACUCGGAAAUUGGAGCAGUGACGCGGGCUUCGCGAGUGGACUACGACGAGUUGGCUUCCAAUCUCAACAAAAUGGAGGAGGACUGCAAGGCGUCUUGGGAUCAUUUGCGGGCCAUCGCCAAGCAUGAUGGAAAUACCACCAUGAAAAUCAAAAUGUCGGAAUUUCUGACUGACUGCGCCGAACGGAUUAUGGUGGCGACAAUAGUGCAUCGACGCGUGACGAAUAGGUUUCGAAAAUUUCUGCUUUGGUUGGGCACGCCACCUGCUCAGGUGCGUGAAACGAAGCCAGGUGCCUUUUGUCGUAUUGUUUCUGAAUUUGCCCUGGAAUACCGUACAACGCGCGACCGAGUUCUCCAGCAAAUGGAGAAAAAGGCGAACCAUCGUGAACGAAGCAAAACCCGAGGCAAGAUGAUCACCCAAAUUGGCAGCACCAACGGUCUACCUGGUCUAGGUAGUUACGACUCCCCUGUCACGUACAAAACCAAGGAAGAUCGAGCGGAUGCUGAACUCCGCCAACUUCUCGGCAGUGAUAUUUCCGACACGGAAUCUAUGAGAACAGGGACCUGGGGUCGAUCGCGGAAAUCAGUUGGUUUGGGCCGCAGUACAUCGAUUCGAGAUGAUUAUCUAACUGAUACCGUGACAGAUGGCGAUGACGAAAUUUUAGAAAGUCUCGUUAAAACGGCGCGAGGACAACGACACAUCCCCGCGAACGGAAACGAAGCAACCGUCAGCACAUCAACGCUGACCGUUCUGCACUCAAGCGGUCACGGACUCGCGACAACAACGUCUUUCAACCACUGCUCGAGGAAAAUCGGCAUUGAAACUACUCUUCUUUUCGCUAAAGCUUCACACUUCACCCUGAGGAGGACACGAAAACACGGGCUGUCCGAAGAGGACCGCAAAUAUCUGAUUACGCUGGCUGCCCAAGUCGCUGCUGCUUGAUCAUCGUCUACAUAUUAUUCUUCUAGUCUCAUCAAUUCUCUUUUUGAAUUUUAUCAUCAUCCUUAAUUUGUGAUUGCAUAUUCGCAUCGUUCUGAACUGUAGGGGAGAAUUAAUCGGGUCUCUACUGGAAGAGUACCUUGGUGAAUGAUAAAGAUUUCCGGUGUGGCAAUCGGGGCAGGUUGUUGCUUCUCGUUUGGCGUUGGUGAAAGGAUGAUAGAUCCAGAUAUGAUUUCAGCAAAUAUUCCCCUAGAGAAAAUUGAACAAGAAUAGCUUUCAAGUGUUAAAAAAAAAAAAGUUAUUGUUUUUUUUUUUUUAUAUACAGCUUCCUUCACCACUCAUUAGAGCACUUGCCUUUGUGAUCAAGUCUAUUAUAGCAAGUCAAGCUCGGGCAGCCAAUGGCUUUACCUAGUGUAAAUUGUCUGGGUUGUGCUUCCUAGAAGUAAAAUGCGUUAUCAAAGUUAAACUACGCGUGAUGUGUCUCGAUGUAUGAACGUUGUUCAUUAUAAUCAUGAAAAAAAAAGUAAUACAUGUUUUGUAAUAAAUACAUAGCUAAAAGGAA